AUAAAAAAUUUCAAUGGGUUGGUGUCCCGGGACUGGUGCGUUUGAUGCAUUGGUUAGACGCUAUCUUGUGCUUUGUGUGUUCCCACCAGGUGGUCUCUCUUGUAAUCUUGAAGUUUGUACUGCAACCCCACGUGCUUCCUGGGGCUUUCUGCGUCUCCGAAGCUUCCCAGAAAUUUCGGGAGUUGUAAUUAAGGAAAUCUAUUGGCAGUGAAUGAAGGGUCGUGUGCAUUUCGAGGUUGAUAGUUGAUAUAGUUGCCAUCUGGCUCUGGAGAUCAUACUUAGUGUAAAGUCUCUAGCUUCAAGUUGGAAUUGCUGGUUUUUUCACCCGAGUUUACGCCGAAUCAUAGCCUAGGCAGUUGAGUUCUGUUCCUCUGUUCUGCUUCUUGGGGGGGAUGGGUUUAGGAUUGCAUUCGAAAACUUUGCCCUCGGCCGGCUUGUUUCGGCUUACACUCGGUCAUUCUUCUCUUUUCUUUGGAAUGAACUGUAUAAAGCAGUUGGUCUUGAGGCAUAUCAGGUUGAGGGCCUCCGCCGGAACACUAGCUUUUGGUGCUGAGAAUGGAAGCGUGAUGAAGCAACUGACCCAGCUGAUGUGCACAUCGACGAUGCAUAGCCCGGAUCAGAUAGUUGAUAGAGUGGUCAGACUAGUGAAGAAAUUUGAUAAGAUCGAUGCUAGUAAGGUCACUGAAACUGCGGAUUUCCAGAAAGACUUGUCCCUGGAUAGCUUAGACAAGGUGGAGCUUGUUAUGGCUGUCGAGCAGGAAUUCUCCAUCGAAAUCCCCGAAGAGGAAGCAGACAAGCUCGCUUGCUGCGCCGAUGUUGCUAGAUUCAUAGCUUCUGGUUCUGAAAAAGCUGCCGAGAGCUCGUGAGUUCAUUUACUGUAAUAUCGGCUGACGGGGGUUUCACUGAUCUCUUUGUUGUUCAACUGAAUUGAGAUUCAGAGUCUCAUUAAUCGUUUUGAUUUGGAGGGAAGAUGGAGAAUCUGUAUGCAUGAAUUGUGAAUUGCUGUAGCAAGGAAAACUCCAUUAUCAGGUGUUAGUUCUGAUACAUAAUUUGCUUCAAUCUUCA